CUGGGGGGUGGCAGGAUCGUGACCCCAAGAUGGCGGCGCCCAGCGAAGGGGCUGAGGCUGCCUCCGGCGAAGGCGAUGGCGGGGGCAGCGGCUUUGAAUCGUGGCUGGACGGACGGUUGGAGGCACUGGGAGUGGACCGAGCCGUUUACGGUGCCUACAUCCUGGGUGUCCUGCAGGAGGAGGAGGAAGAAGAGAAGCUGGACGCUCUGCAGGGUAUCCUCUCUGCUUUCCUGGAAGAAGAUUCCCUCCUUAACAUCUGCAAGGAGAUUGUGGAACGAUGGUCGGAAACUCAGAAUGUUGUCACCAAGGUGAAAAAAGAAGAUGAGGUACAGGCCAUUGCCACCCUAAUUGAGAAGCAGGCACAGAUCGUGGUGAAGCCCAGGAUUGUGUCAGAAGAGGAGAAGCAGAGAAAAGCUGCCCUCCUGGCCCAAUAUGCUGAUGUGACAGAUGAAGAGGAUGAAGCAGAUGAGAAGGAUGAUUCAGGUGCCACCACAGUGAACAUUGGUUCUGACAGAUCUCUGUUCCGAAACACCAAUGUGGAAGAUGUCCUCAAUGCCCGAAAACUAGAGCGAGACUCGCUUCGGGAUGAAUCCCAAAGGAAGAAGGAACAGGACAAGCUGCAGAGGGAGAGAGACAAACUAGCCAAGCAGGAACGAAAGGAAAAGGAAAAGAAAAGGACACAAAGAGGGGAGCGAAAGCGAUAACCUUGGUCCACUCUAUUCUCUCUUCAUGAACUUGAUCAGAGGGAGAACUGGUUGUGCACAUGUAUAUUUAAGAGAAAUGAGAGAACAUUGCAAAGUGGUUUCCCAAGACAUUUCCCCUUUUGUUUACAUGGUCAAAAGGAAAAUCACAAACACUUCUAAUUACAAAAUGUGCCAUGUCUCUGUGGUGUGGGUAGUCAGAUAAUUAUAGUUGAUGUCUGUACCAAAGAUCUGGAAUGGGGGCAACCUUUAUAUUUUAAUACUGAAGUCCUGAGCUCCUGUUGGCACCUUUAAAAAGUCUUCUCUCACCUUCGAUAAGCAGGAAUAUUCAGAGAGCUGACAGUUAACAGUUUUUAUCCUGAAGGAGAAUCAUGACCACUCCUUCCCUGAGAUGAAAUGUGGGAGUGUAAAUUGCUUCAGAAGUAGUAGUCACCCCUAAAUGUAUUGUUUUAUGGCUGAAAUAGAAAGCUAAUGAAGAGUCCUACCUGGAUCUAGAUUUUUUGUUACAUGGCAACAAACUAGGAAAAUGAGAAGAAAUACGGUAUAUGUUCUAGAUUUGAGAAUGUUUUUUAAAAAAAGUUUCAGCCUAUGGGAGGAAAAGAGGUAUCUUUUUAAGUAGAGAUAGUUACAUUUUUCCUCAUCUCUAGGCUGUGAUUUUAAGAAGGAUGUGUCAGUAUUGAGUGCAAGGAUAUCACUGUUAGCUAGAUUCAUUUUUUAUAAUCAUGAAUCCUUUUGAUUGCUAGUAGAGAUUUUAAUCCUGAUUUGCCCUAAAACAUGAUAAAGACCUGAUAAUUACAGGUUUAGAGAAACUGGAGGAACUGCCCUUUUAAGGAAGAAACACUGGAAAUCUCUGCUAACACAAAGAUAUUUAAGAGUGUACAUAGUAGGUGCUCAACAAACUGAAUGAGUGAGUGAAUGGAAGAACUGCUAGGGAGAGUCAGAGGUGAGCAGGAACUCUCCAUUUCUACUUUUGUCACAAGCCACAUUUAAUUGUAAAUAAGGCCUUUCUCUACAAGAAGCAUGAAGAGAGCAAUUUCUCUGACCAGACGGAAAGUAGAUAUUUUAUACCAGGGGUCGGCAAACUGCUGCCUGCAAGCCAAAUUUGGCCCAGUCUGUUUUUGUAUGGUGCAAGCUAACAAUGGAUUUUACAUUUUUAAAGGGUUGUAAAAGAAAAAAUGUGUGACAGAGACCUUAUGUAGCCUGUAAAGCCUAAAAAGUAUUUACUGUCUGGCGCUUUGGAGAAAAAGUUUGCCGACCUCUGUUUUAUACCAUUAACUAUGAAAUUAACAAAAAUUUUUACCUUUAUGCAGAAGGUAAAAAGAAGCAUGGUUAAGGAAAAGAUGUGUUACCUCUAUACACUCCUAUAACCGUGGUAUUGCAAAAACUUUUAAAUUAACCAUCUUCUUAAAAAAUAAACUUUAUUUAAAUCACUGUC